AAACGACAAAAUAUGCGACACGGAGCACUUCCUUUUUUUCCUAACUAAAGCUCCUAUUUCCCGUAUCUUAUCUCGCUACUAUUCCCGUUCCCAAAGCCAAUAGCUCCGUCGUUUCCGAAUCCCAUUUAGAUGCGAUUAGAUGAAGGUCUUGAAGCGGGCCGUGCACAUGUUACCCAGACGAAUCAGUGGGUUGAUAAAGCAGCGUCGCUCCGAAGGUGUUCGACGAAAUGUCUCAGCGAGUUUAGUGCCAGCAUUCUACACGGAUCCCGCUCGGUCGACCGAGCACGUUGAGCUUCCGAGGAGGCGACAGAGAUCAGAAAGGAAGCCGCUCGUGACGGCCGUCAGCGAGCUCAAACGGAGAGCAAGAUCCGAGAGGCAAUCGAGGCAGGUGGUGAGAGAGAUCACGCUGCGGCCGCCCGAGAAUGGGCUUUUGGUCAAGAGAUUAGUUCCCGUGGCACAUGAGGUUUUUAACGCAAGGCAGGUGCUCUUCGGCUGCGCUUCGAGGGUGUUGGGCAAUGUCCCCGUUCAUGUGUGCAGAGUGUGUGGAGAAGUUCAUGUAGGAACAGUUCCUCAUCUUAUACGCACAUGUGAUGUUGCUGGAAGCCCGGCAAGCAAAGAGCACAGCUGGACAAGAGGAGGAAUCGAGCAUGUUCUUCCUCUGGUUGAGUCCUUUCAUCUCUAUGAUAGAUUGGGCAGGGCAGUCUCACACGAGGAACGGCUGCUGGUUGAUAGGAUUCCAGCUGUCGUAGAGCUCUGCAUCCAAGCAGGCGUGGAUGUUCCCGAGUACCCUACAAAGAGACGGAUCUUUCCAGUCUAUAAUGUUGCAGGAAAGAUGAUUGAUUUUGAAAGGAAGUUUCCUCGAGAUUAUUCCAAUGGAAAAGAUAUCCAAACACAAGGUUUUUGGGAGAAAAAGAACAGCCAAAGAUGCAGUGAUUCUCAACCAUUCCCAUAUGCUGAUAGUGCACAAGGUAUAGCUACACAGGGAAUGGAAGCAUGGGAGAAGUUGCGGUCAGGUGUUUCGAAGCUAAUGACAGAGUACAUUGCUCAAACAUGUGGAUUUUGCCCUGAGGUCCAGGUGGGUAUCAAGGGCCAUCGGGCGAGGAUCUGCCAAGCUUACAAGCACCAAAUGCGAGAUGGACAACACGCUUGGCAGGAGGCCACUUUGGACGAUCUCGUGCCACCGGUGUAUGUAUGGCAUGUGCCCGACGCACGCAGUGGCAAGCCACUGAUGAAUGAGCUGAGGAGGUACUAUGGAAAGUUACCUGCUGUGGUUGAGUUGUUUUCUCAGGCCGGUGCCAGUAUCGACGAGGCCUAUCGCGGCAUGAUGAGGGGAGAUGUGACCGUGCCUGAGUUGGAUGAAGAGAAGUUGGUCAUAUGAAAUGUGAAGCUGCAGCUGAAUCUUCUACUCGGAUUGUUGGAAGAUGGCAUGUAUCCUUAAUGCUGCUUCUUGGUGCCAACAAGAGCCAAGAGCGUAGCUGGGAGCUAUGACUUGUGUGUCGAAGAUGUGAGGAAAAUGAAACAACUCUUGUCCUAUUUCAUAUGAAUUAGCAAGAUCAACAUGCUAGAUUUGUAAUCCUUUUAGCAAGGCCGGCAUGCUGCCAAUUGUUGUGUGUUUGGAAC